AUGUCGAUGUCAAUCUCAACCGUACCACAGCCUUCACGACUCAAUCCUGCCUUUGUCGAGACCGCCGCUGGUCUGUCUGCCGGAGCUGCAGCGACACUGCUGCUGCACCCUCUGGACAUAAUAAAGACGAGAUUGCAGGUCGAUAGCUCGUCUCACCCUUUCAUAAAUUCUUCGAGAACGGUCCUGCGCGACGUGUGGCGUAAUGAAGGCCCAACUCGUCUUGCCGCUCUCUAUCGCGGCCUGAAUGUCAACCUGGUCGGCAACUCCGCUGGAUGGGCGCUUUAUUUUCUGUUGUACGAUCGCGCGAAAAGAACUAUAAAAAGCUAUCGAGGAUAUGCACCCUCGCAAGAACUCACAUCCAUCGACUAUCUGACCGCCUCGACCGCUUCUGGCAUGCUGUCAGCAGUCUUGACAAAUCCCAUAUGGGUAGUCAAAACACGCAUGCUUUCGACUGCUGCAACAGAUGAAGGAGCAUACCCAGGCUUGUACCAGGGCGUGCGCUCGAUCUUGCAGAAAGAGGGCGUUCGAGGUUGUUUCCACGGUCUAAGCCCAACUUUGAUAGGCGUGUCGCACGGGUCGUUGUACUUUCUAGCCUACGAGAAGCUCAACACUUGGCGUCGGAAGCGAAACGUUGCACAGGGCAAAGGAACAGAGCUGUCGAACCGUGACACCAUCAUCAACACUUCGCUUUCAAAGCUCUUCGCCGGCACGAUCACAUAUCCCCAUCAGGUACUGCGCGCCAGAAUGCAGGCACAAACCACUCCGGGUGUCAAAUAUCCUGGACAGCCCAACAUCGGCCUCAUCGCCUUGAUCAAGUCUGUCUGGCGAAACGAGGGAGCGCCGGGAUUCUACAAAGGCAUGUUCCCGAAUCUGCUACGAGUCGUUCCCAGCGCAUGUGUUACAUUUCUUGUGUACGAAAAUGUGAAGUGGGGUCUGCCACAGCUGUUCGAAGCCGUCCCAGGGCCUUGA